UCACAGACCGAUGAGACGUGAAACUUCAUACAAAAUGAUUUGACCAUAUGGCUGUGUGUAAACUAUCAGCCAAUUAUAUCCUGACUUUCCUAAACAGAAGUGAAAUUACAGCCUCAACCUUUUUUUUUGACACCAGUGGUCCCCACUCAUUGUCCAAAUAUAGAAUUUGCUGCCUUAGCAAUUGGGGCUAUAUAAAUGAAGGUGUGAUGCAGGGUGUCUUUAUCCUUCACUGCCCUGCAUUGUAAGGUUCAUUGUCUGGCCAAAAUACAUUUUACAUCUGGGAGAAAGGUUGAAGGAAAGCAGCAACCAUGAGUAGUGACGCUGAGAUGGCAGUUUUUGGGGUAGCUGCCCCGUUUCUCCGAAAGCCAGAAAAGGAGAGGAUUGAGUCGCAGAACAAACCAUUUGAUGCAAAGACAUCUUUCUUUGUGAUCGAUCCUAAAGAGAUGUACGUUAAAGGCAUUGUUCAGAGCCGUGAGGGUGGCAAAGCUACUGUAAAGAAAGAGGAUAAUACCACUGUAACAGUGAAGGACGAUGAAAUCUUCCCUAUGAACCCACCAAAAUUCGAUAAAAUUGAAGACAUGGCCAUGAUGACCCAUUUGAACGAACCGUCUGUCCUAUACAACCUCAAAGAGCGCUAUGCAGCCUGGAUGAUCUACACCUACUCUGGCCUCUUCUGUGCCACAGUCAACCCUUACAAGUGGCUUCCCGUGUACAACCCAGAGGUGGUGGCAGCCUACAGAGGCAAGAAGCGUCAGGAGGCCCCACCCCACAUCUUCUCCAUCUCUGAUAACGCCUAUCAGUUCAUGUUGACAGAUCGUGACAAUCAGUCUAUCUUGAUUACUGGAGAAUCUGGGGCUGGAAAGACUGUGAACACGAAACGAGUCAUCCAAUACUUUGCAACAAUUGCAGCUAUUGGUGACAAGAAGAAAGAGCAAACAUCAGGGAAAAUGCAGGGCACCCUGGAGGAUCAAAUCAUUCAGGCCAACCCACUGCUGGAAGCCUUUGGCAAUGCCAAGACUGUGAGGAAUGACAACUCAUCCCGUUUUGGUAAAUUCAUCAGAAUCCACUUUGGCACCACUGGAAAGCUGUCUUCUGCUGAUAUUGAAACAUAUCUGCUGGAAAAAUCCAGAGUAACAUUCCAGUUAUCAGCUGAAAGGAGCUACCACAUCUUCUAUCAGAUCAUGUCUAACAAGAAACCAGAGCUUAUUGAAAUGCUCUUGAUUACCACCAAUCCUUAUGACUUCCCAUUUGUGAGCCAAGGGGAGAUUACUGUAACCAGCAUUGAUGACCAAGAAGAGUUGAUGGCUACUGACAGUGCCAUCGACAUCUUGGGUUUCAACCCUGAUGAAAAAGUUGGAAUUUACAAAAUGACAGGUGCCGUCAUGCACUAUGGUAACAUGAAGUUCAAGCAGAAACAGAGAGAGGAACAGGCUGAGCCAGAUGGCACAGAAGUGGCUGACAAAGCUGCCUACUUGAUGGGCCUGAACUCAGCAGAUCUACUAAAGGCUCUGUGCUACCCUAGAGUCAAAGUCGGCAAUGAGUAUGUCACAAAAGGUCAAACUGUCCAGCAGGUGUACAACUCUGUUGGAGCUCUGGGCAAGUCAGUGUAUGAGAAGAUGUUCUUGUGGAUGGUCUUAAGAAUUAAUCAGCAGCUGGACACUAAGCAGCCAAGGCAGCACUUCAUUGGCGUCUUGGAUAUCGCUGGCUUUGAAAUCUUUGAUAUGAACAGCUUAGAGCAGCUUUGCAUCAACUUCACCAAUGAGAAACUGCAACAAUUUUUCAACCAUCACAUGUUUGUCCUGGAGCAAGAGGAGUACAAGAAGGAAGGGAUUGAGUGGGAGUUCAUUGACUUCGGCAUGGACUUGGCUGCCUGCAUUGAGCUUAUUGAGAAGCCAAUGGGCAUUUUCUCUAUCCUUGAAGAGGAGUGCAUGUUCCCCAAGGCAACAGACACUUCAUUCAAAAACAAGUUGUAUGACCAACAUCUGGGCAAAACAAACAACUUCCAGAAACCUAAACCAACGAAAGGCAAAGCUGAGGCUCACUUCUCUCUUGUCCACUAUGCUGGGACAGUGGAUUACAACAUCAGUGGUUGGCUUGACAAGAACAAGGACCCACUGAAUGAAACUGUCAUUGGCCUCUACCAGAAGUCUUCUGUCAAACUGCUCUCCUUUCUCUACUCUGCAUAUGCUGGUUCAGAAGAUACUGCUGGAAAAAAAGGUGCUAAGAAGAAGGGCUCAUCUUUCCAGACUGUGUCUGCCCUUUUCAGGGAGAAUCUGAAUAAGCUGAUGUCCAACCUUAGAAGCACUCAUCCCCAUUUUGUACGUUGUUUAAUCCCCAAUGAGACAAAGACUCCAGGGGUAAUGGACCACCAUCUGGUCAUGCACCAGCUGAGGUGUAAUGGUGUACUUGAAGGUAUCAGGAUUUGCAGAAAGGGAUUCCCAAGCAGGAUCCUCUAUGGUGAUUUUAAACAGCGUUACAAGAUCCUCAAUGCAAGCGCUAUCCCUGAUGGACAGUUUAUUGACAGCAAGAAAGCUUCAGAAAAACUUCUUGGAUCUAUAGAUGUGGACCAUACCCAAUACAAAUUUGGACACACAAAGGUGUUCUUCAAAGCUGGUCUUUUGGGUACCCUUGAAGAGAUGAGAGAUGAGCGCUUGGCCCAACUGAUCACUCGUACUCAGGCCAUGUGCAGAGGUUUCCUCAUGAGAGUUGAGUUCAAGAAAAUGAUGGAAAGAAGAGAAUCUGUCUUCUGCAUUCAGUACAACAUUCGUUCAUUCAUGAAUGUCAAGCAUUGGCCAUGGAUGAAGCUUUAUUUCAAGAUCAAGCCUCUCCUGAAGAGUGCGGAGUCUGAGAAAGAGAUGCAGAACAUGAAGGAAGAAUUUGAGAAGACCAAGGAGUUGCUGGCAAAGGAAGAAGCAAAAAGAAAACAGCUGGAGGAGAAGUUGGUCUCCAUUCUUCAAGAAAAGAAUGACCUUCAGCUCCAAGUUGCAUCCGAAACAGAGAGCCUGGCAGACGCUGAGGAGAGAUGUGAAGGCUUGAUUAAAGCCAAAAUACAACUGGAGGCCAAAAUCAAGGAAUUUAAUGAAAGACUAGAAGAUGAAGAGGAAUCAAAUGCAGAACUUACAGCAAAGAAAAGGAAACUGGAGGAUGAGUGUUCUGAGCUGAAGAAAGAUAUUGACGAUCUUGAGCUGACAUUGGCCAAAGUUGAAAAAGAGAAACAUGCCACCGAGAAUAAAGUUAAAAACCUUACUGAAGAAAUGGCUGUUCUGGAUGAGACCAUUGCCAAGCUCACUAAAGAAAAGAAAGCUCUCCAGGAAGCUCACCAACAGACCUUGGAUGACCUGCAGGCUGAAGAAGACAAAGUUAACACCCUGACAAAAGCAAAAACCAAACUGGAGCAACAAGUUGAUGAUCUUGAGGGAUCUCUAGAGCAGGAGAAAAAGCUGCGUAUGGACAUGGAGAGGGCAAAGAGAAAGCUGGAGGGUGAUCUGAAGCUGGCCCAAGAGUCUUUAAUGGACUUGGAAAAUGACAAACAGCAACUGGAUGAAAAAGUAAAAAAGAAGGACUUUGAAAUAAGUCAGUUGCAGAGUAAGAUUGAAGAUGAACAGGUACUUGCUUCCCAGUUGCAGAAAAAGAUUAAAGAACUUCAGGCCCGCAUUGAGGAGCUAGAAGAAGAAAUAGAAGCUGAGCGUGCAGCACGUGCCAAGGCUGAGAAGCAAAGAUCUGAUCUCUCCAGAGAACUUGAAGAGAUUAGUGAGCGCCUGGAAGAAGCUGGAGGUGCCACUUCUGCUCAGAUUGAGAUGAACAAGAAACGUGAAGCAGAAUUCCAGAAGAUGAGACGUGAUCUUGAAGAGGCCACUCUGCAACAUGAGGCUACAGCCGCUGCUCUCAGGAAGAAGCACGCUGACAGUGUUGCUGAGUAUGGGGAACAAAUUGAUAGUCUUCAAAGAGUCAAACAGAAGCUUGAAAAGGAGAAGAGUGAAUUAAAGAUGGAGAUUGAUGACUUGGCCAGCAACAUGGAAUCUGUCUCCAAAGUAAAAGCAAACCUGGAAAAGAUGUGCAGGACACUAGAGGACCAAUUUAGUGAAAUAAAGACAAAAGAGGAGGAACACUUGAGAGUCAUCAAUGACAUCAAUGCACAGAGAGCUCGUCUUCAGACAGAGAACGGUGAAUUCUCGCGUCAGUUGGAGGAGAAAGAAUCUUUGAUUUCUCAGCUCACCAGAGGCAAACAGGCCUUUACCCAGCAAACCGAAGAACUGAAGAGGCAACUGGAAGAGGAAACAAAGGCCAAGAAUGCCCUUGCCCAUGCAUUGCAAUCUUCCCGUCAUGACUGUGACCUGCUCAGGGAGCAAUAUGAAGAGGAGCAGGAAGCAAAGGCUGAACUGCAACGGGCCUUGUCCAAGGCCAACAGUGAAGUGGCUCAGUGGAGAACCAAAUACGAGACUGAUGCAAUACAGCGUACCGAGGAACUGGAGGAAGCAAAAAAGAAGCUUGCUCAGCGACUCCAGGAAGCUGAAGAGCAAAUUGAGGCCACCAACUCAAAGUGCAGUUCUCUGGAGAAGACAAAGCAGAGACUUCAAGGGGAAGUUGAAGACCUCAUGGUGGAUGUAGAACGUUCAAACGCUGCUUGUGCAGCUCUUGACAAAAAGCAGAAAAACUUUGACAGGGUGUUGGCAGAAUGGAAGCAGAAAUAUGAAGAGUGCCAGGCUGAACUUGAGGCUUCUCAGAAAGAGUGUAGGUCCUUGAGCACAGAAGUGUUCAAGAUGAAGAACUCCUAUGAAGAAGCCCUAGACCAACUAGAAACCUUAAAGAGAGAGAACAAGAACCUUCAGCAGGAGAUCUCUGAUCUCACUGAACAGGUUGCAGAAAGUGGGAAAACCAUUCACGAGUUGGAAAAAGCCAAGAAACAGAUUGAGAGUGAAAAAUCUGAUCUGCAGUCAUCCCUUGAAGAAGCCGAGGCAUCCUUGGAACAUGAAGAAGCUAAGAUUCUACGUAUUCAGCUUGAACUGACCCAGAUUAAGUCUGAAAUUGAUAGAAAGUUGGCUGAGAAGGACGAGGAGAUUGAUCAAAUAAAGAGGAACAGCCAAAGGGCACUGGAAUCCAUGCAGAGUACCCUGGAUGCUGAGAUAAGAAGCAGGAAUGAUGCACUCAGACUAAAGAAGAAGAUGGAGGGAGAUCUGAAUGAGAUGGAAAUCCAGCUAAGCCAUGCCAACCGACAAGCAGCAGAGUCACAAAAACAACUCAGGAAUGUGCAGGGACUGCUUAAGGAUGCGCAACUCCACCUUGAUGAUGCCCUUCGGGGAAUUGAUGAUCUGAAGGAACAACUAGCAAUGUCUGAGAGAAGAAAUACCCUCAUGACAGCUGAAAUUGAGGAGAUGAGGUCUGCUCUGGAACAGACUGAGCGUGCACGCAAAGUGGCAGAACAAGAGCUCCUUGAUGUCACUGAGCGUGUACAGCUGCUCCACUCACAGAACACCAGCCUUAUCAACACCAAAAAGAAGCUUGAAACAGAUGUCUCUCAGCUACAAACAGAAGUUGAAGAGGCUAUCCAAGAAUCAAGGAAUGCAGAAGAAAAAGCUAAAAAAGCCAUUACUGAUGCUGCCAUGAUGGCUGAGGAACUCAAAAAGGAACAAGACACCAGUGCUCAUCUUGAACGUAUGAAGAAGAAUCUGGAGCAGACAGUUAAGGAUUUGCAACUUCGUCUAGAUGAGGCUGAGCAACUAGCAAUGAAAGGAGGCAAGAAGCAGCUCCAAAAGUUGGAGGCCAGGGUGCGGGAACUGGAAAAUGAACUUGAUGCUGAGCAAAGGAGAAGUUCUGAUGCAAUUAAGGGUGUCCGAAAGUAUGAAAGAAGAGUGAAGGAACUUAGCUAUCAGUCUGAAGAAGACAAGAAGAAUGUGUUCAGGCUUCAAGACUUAGUAGACAAGUUGCAAAUGAAGGUGAAAGCUUACAAGAGACAAUCAGAGGAAACUGAGGAACAAGCCAAUGUACAUCUGUCCAGGUUCAGGAAAACUCAACAUGAACUGGAAGAGGCUGAGGAACGCGCUGAUAUUGCAGAAUCCCAGGUCAACAAGCUUCGUGUCAAGACCCGAGAGGUUACCAAAAUCGUGAAGAUUGAAGAGUAACCAGGUGAUUGAGCAAAAAGCCAAAAUAUUGAAAGCAAAAGAGUGAAACCUGCACUGGCUAUUUGCAAAAUUUCAUACAAUAUGGACUUUUGCAUAAUUAAACUUUUUUUAUGUAUGUAGUUGUAUUUGUAGUUUCAGUAUGCAAAUAAAUCCUUUUAGGGUUUCAUCA